UUUGAGAUUUUGCUUAGACCCAACACAUCACAAACCACGGGAGGAGCGGGCCGAGAGCCGCCGCACAGCAUCGUAUGACCAGGCACAUUCCUCAGAAAGAGACGAGAGGUUAGUUUUAAAAUGCAGCGAGGAGCCACGUCGGGUCGUUGAACGUAUUAGGGGCUUUUUUUUUCCUGGUCGGGCUGGUUUAAUGUCGGGGCCCUGUUAACUCCUCACCGUGAACUUCCAAAUCGUCAUUAGUGGAAACGGUUUGAAUGGAUAGCUUUUCCCUUCGUUCUUCCCCGGUCGUUGGACAAUCGGAGGAGCAGACAGACUGGGGAUAUCGCUGGCAAAGCUGCUAAUUGCACCCUAGCAAAUGAGCCAUUGUUUUCAUUGUUGCAACUCUAUUACAAUUUGGCUGCCUAGUGUCAGGUAGCUGAACGCUCGCUGCAAAAAGGGGGGAUUUGCUUCUGAAGGUGGAAGCCUCGUUUCCCGGGGUUCAUUCAGAUCCAAUCCGUCCCCGGAGUCCCAUUGCCCCGCCGUCAGCCAGCGAUCUGUCCCCAACUAAAGCGCCGAAAUUGGGCGAAUAGCGAGCAAAUACGUCCGCGUUUCUCUACCCGCUCCCCAGCUGACCUCCCCUCCUCACUCCCCGGCGCUGACAGCGGACAAGGCCGAGGUCGCAACAGAGCAGGCCCGGCCGCCAAGGCUCGACCUGUCCACCCCACCUCCGCAUCCCACCGCCACACCUCACCAGCAGCCCAGAACCCGGUUCCCCGCCGAGCCUGCCCCGGACAAGGUCGAGGGUGACAGAGAUAGCAGAGAGUCCCGCAUCACGACAGCAGCUGCCAACAUGAACCACCACCACACGCAGCAGCAGAAAGCCGGCGAGCAGCAGCUCAGCGAACCGGAGGACAUGGAGAUGGAAGCUGGGGACACAGACGACCCCCCAAGAAUCCCGGCCAAUCCGGUGAUCAAUGGUAACGUGGCCAUGGGAGAUGGGCACAACAACACAGAGGAGGACAUGGAGGACGACACCAGUUGGAGGUCAGAGGCGACCUUCCGGUUCGUGGUGGAGCGCUUCAGUCGCCUUAGCGAGUCCGUUCUCAGCCCGGCCUGCUUUGUCCGGAACCUGCCCUGGAAGAUCAUGGUGAUGCCGCGGUUCUACCCGGAUCGGCCCCAUCAGAAAAGCGUUGGCUUUUUUCUGCAGUGCAAUGCAGAGUCGGAUUCCACGUCAUGGUCAUGCCACGCUCAGGCCAUGCUAAAAAUCAUUAACUACAAAGACGACGAGAAGUCGUUCAGCCGCAGGAUCAGUCACCUCUUCUUCCACAAGGAGAAUGAUUGGGGCUUCUCUAACUUCAUGUCCUGGAGUGAUGUAACGGAUCCAGAGCGAGGCUUUAUCGAUGACGACAAAGUCACGUUUGAAGUCUACGUCCAGGCAGAUGCUCCACAUGGAGUGGCCUGGGACUCCAAGAAACACACAGGCUAUGUUGGACUAAAGAACCAGGGAGCCACCUGUUACAUGAAUAGCCUGCUACAGACACUGUUCUUCACUAACCAGUUACGACGGGCGGUGUACAUGAUGCCCACAGAAGGAGACGACUCUUCCAAGAGCGUCCCCCUGGCGCUGCAGAGGGUUUUCUAUGAACUCCAACACAGCGACAAACCAGUCGGCACAAAGAAACUCACAAAGUCUUUUGGGUGGGAAACGCUGGAUAGCUUCAUGCAGCACGAUGUGCAGGAGCUGUGCAGAGUGCUGCUCGACAACGUGGAGAACAAAAUGAAAGGCACGUGUGUUGAGGGAACCAUCCCCAAACUGUUCAGAGGAAAGAUGGUGUCGUAUAUCCAGUGCAAGCAUGUCGACUACAGGUCUGAGCGGAUAGAGGACUACUAUGACAUCCAGCUUAGCAUAAAAGGAAAGAAGAACAUAUUUGAGUCUUUUAAAGAUUACGUUGCAACUGAACAGCUAGACGGAGACAACAAAUACGACGCAGGAGAGCACGGCCUUCAGGAGGCAGAAAAGGGUGUGAAGUUUCUUACUUUCCCCCCAAUUCUCCAUCUGCAGUUGAUGAGGUUCAUGUAUGACCCACAGACUGACCAAAAUAUAAAGAUUAAUGACAGGUUUGAGUUUCCGGACCAGUUACCUCUGGACGAGUUCCUUCAGAAGCCGGACUCCAAGGACCCUGCAAACUAUAUUCUACACGCCGUGCUGGUGCACAGCGGCGACAACCAUGGCGGUCACUACGUCGUCUAUCUUAACCCCAAAGGAGACGGCAAAGUGAGUGUCAAGGAACCAAUCUGGUGUAAGUUUGAUGACGAUGUAGUGUCGCGGUGCACCAAGGAGGAGGCCAUAGAACACAACUACGGCGGGCACGACGACGACCUGUCGGUCCGUCACUGCACCAACGCCUAUAUGUUGGUCUACAUCCGGGAAUCCAAGCUAAGCGAGGUCCUCCAGCCUAUGACUGAUGGGGACAUCCCCCAGCAGCUGGUGGAGCGUCUGCAGGAGGAGAAGAGGGUGGAAGCACAGAAGAGGAAGGAACGCCAAGAGGCACACCUGUACAUGCAGGUUCAGAUGGUGACAGAGGACCAGUUCUGUGGACAUCAGGGCAAUGACAUGUACGAUGAAGAGAAAGUAAAGUACACAGUCUUCAAGGUGCUGAAAAGCUCCACUCUGCAGGAGUUUGUCCAGAACCUCUCCCAAACCAUGGGUUUCCCACAGGAUCAGAUGAGGCUCUGGCCCAUGCAGGCCCGUAGUAAUGGAACCAAGCGGCCCGCCAUGCUCGACUACGAGGCUGAUUGUAACAAAUCGAUGAUCGACUUGAGUGAUAACGAAAACCCCUGGACAAUAUUUCUGGAGACGGUGGAUCCAGAGCUGGCGGCCAGCGGUGCCACGUUACCCAAGUUCGACAAAGACCACGAUGUCAUGUUGUUCUUGAAGAUGUACGACCCCAAAACCAGAAGCUUAAAUUAUUGUGGACAUAUCUACACACCUAUAUCCUGCAAAAUAAGAGACUUGCUGCCGAUCAUGUGUGAGAGAGCAGGUUUUCAGCAGGAAACUAGCCUUAUCCUCUAUGAGGAAGUAAAGCCCAACCUAACAGAGCGGAUACAGGACUAUGAUGUCUCUCUGGACAAGGCCCUGGAUGAGCUCAUGGAUGGGGACAUAAUUGUCUUCCAGAAGGACGACCCAGAGAACGACAGCAGUGAACUGCCCACAGCCAAGGACUAUUUCCGGGAUCUUUACCACAGAGUUGAUGUCAUUUUCUGUGACAAGACCAUUCACAACGACCCUGGCUUUGUGGUCACGCUCUCGAACCGCAUGAACUAUUUUCAGGUGGCCAAGACAGUUGCUCAGAGGUUGAACACGGAUCCAAUGCUGCUGCAGUUCUUCAAGUCCCAGGGGUACAGGGACGGUCCAGGGAAUCCUCUCAGACACAACUAUGAUGGGACGCUGCGGGACCUGCUGCAAUUCUUCAAGCCCCGGCAGCCUAAGAAGCUCUACUACCAGCAGUUAAAGAUGAAGAUAACAGACUUUGAGAACAGGAGGAGUUUUAAAUGCAUAUGGCUCAACAGUCAGUUCAGAGAGGAGGAGAUAACCCUCUACCCUGACAAACAUGGUUGUGUACGGGACCUUUUGGAAGAAUGUAAAAAGACAGCAGAGCUGUCUGAAAACGGCUCUGAGAAGCUCAGGCUGUUAGAGAUAGUAAGCUAUAAAAUCAUUGGGGUUCAUCAGGAGGAUGAGCUGCUAGAAUGUUUAUCUCCUGCUGCCAGUCGCACCUUUAGAAUAGAGGAGAUUCCUUUGGACCAGGUGGACUUGGACAAGGACACUGAGAUGUUGAUCCCAGUCGCUCACUUCCACAAGGAAGUCUUUGGCACCUUUGGGAUUCCUUUUUUGCUGAAGAUCAGACAGGGUGAGCCAUUUAGGGAGGUGAUGAGGAGGAUCCAGACCAUGCUGGAUAUCCAGGAGAAAGAAUUUGAGAAGUUCAAGUUUGCGAUUGUGAUGAUGGGCCGGCAUCAGUACAUCACUGAAGAUGAGUACGAGGUCAACCUGAAGGACUUUGAACCACAGCCAGGUAAUAUGUCCCACCCACGGCCCUGGCUAGGUUUGGAUCAUUUCAACAAAGCUCCAAAGAGAGGUCGCUACACAUACCUGGAGAAAGCAAUCAAGAUCCACAACUAAAGCAGCCCGCUCCUUCCUCUUCGUUCUCCUCAUCCUCCUCAACUCCUGCUCCAGCACCCUUCCCUUCCCACUUUAACAAACCGUAACCACAGACUGUAACCAACCGUGUGUGUGUUUGUGUGCGAG